GGGAGGGGGAGGCCAGCGGGGCUGGGCGGGGCCCGGGGGGCGGGGGCCUGACGGCCGGGCCGGGCGGCGGAGCUGCGAGGGACAGAGGCGCGGCAGGCGCGCGGAGCCAGCGGAGCCAGCUGAGCCCGAGCCCAGCCUGCGCCCGCGCCGCCAUGCCCCUGGCCUUCUGCGGCAGCGAGAACCACUCGGCCGCCUACCGGGUGGACCAGGGCGUCCUCAACAACGGCUGCUUUGUGGACGCGCUCAACGUGGUGCCGCACGUCUUCCUACUCUUCAUCACCUUCCCCAUCCUCUUCAUUGGAUGGGGAAGUCAGAGCUCCAAGGUGCACAUCCACCACAGCACAUGGCUUCAUUUCCCUGGGCACAACCUGCGGUGGAUCCUGACCUUCAUGCUGCUCUUCGUCCUGGUGUGUGAGAUUGCGGAGGGCAUCCUGUCUGAUGGGGUGACCGAAUCCCACCAUCUCCACCUGUACAUGCCAGCCGGGAUGGCGUUCAUGGCUGCUGUCACCUCCGUGGUCUACUAUCACAACAUCGAGACUUCCAACUUCCCCAAGCUGCUAAUUGCCCUGCUGGUGUAUUGGACCCUGGCCUUCAUCACCAAGACCAUCAAGUUUGUCAAGUUCUUGGACCACGCCAUCGGCUUCUCGCAGCUACGCUUCUGCCUCACAGGGCUGCUGGUGAUCCUCUAUGGGAUGCUGCUCCUCGUGGAGGUCAAUGUCAUCAGGGUGAGGAGAUACAUCUUCUUCAAGACACCGAGGGAGGUGAAGCCUCCCGAGGACCUGCAAGACCUGGGGGUACGCUUCCUGCAGCCCUUCGUGAAUCUGCUGUCCAAAGGCACCUACUGGUGGAUGAACGCCUUCAUCAAGACUGCCCACAAGAAGCCCAUCGACUUGCGAGCCAUCGGGAAGCUGCCCAUCGCCAUGAGGGCCCUCACCAACUACCAACGGCUCUGCGAGGCCUUUGACGCCCAGGUGCGGAAGGACGUUCAGGGCACUCAAGGUGCCCGGGCCAUCUGGCAGGCACUCAGCCAUGCCUUCGGGAGGCGCCUGGUCCUCAGCAGCACUUUCCGCAUCUUGGCCGACCUGCUGGGCUUCGCCGGGCCACUGUGCAUCUUUGGGAUCGUGGACCACCUUGGGAAGGAGAACGACGUCUUCCAGCCCAAGACACAAUUUCUCGGGGUUUACUUUGUCUCAUCCCAAGAGUUCCUUGCCAAUGCCUACGUCUUAGCCGUGCUUCUGUUCCUUGCCCUCCUACUGCAAAGGACAUUUCUGCAAGCAUCCUACUAUGUGGCCAUUGAAACUGGAAUUAACUUGAGAGGAGCAAUACAGACCAAGAUUUACAAUAAAAUUAUGCACCUGUCCACCUCCAACCUAUCCAUGGGAGAAAUGACUGCUGGACAGAUCUGUAAUCUGGUUGCCAUCGACACCAAUCAGCUCAUGUGGUUUUUCUUCUUGUGCCCAAACCUCUGGGCUAUGCCAGUACAGAUCAUUGUGGGUGUGAUUCUCCUCUACUACGUACUCGGAGUCAGUGCCUUAAUUGGAGCAGCUGUCAUCAUUCUACUGGCUCCUGUCCAGUACUUCGUGGCCACCAAGCUGUCUCAGGCCCAGCGGAGCACACUGGAGUAUUCCAAUGAGCGGCUGAAGCAGACCAACGAGAUGCUCCGCGGCAUCAAGCUGCUGAAGCUGUACGCCUGGGAAAACAUCUUCCGCACGCGGGUGGAGACGACCCGCAGGAAGGAGAUGACCAGCCUCAGGGCCUUUGCCAUCUAUACCUCCAUCUCCAUUUUCAUGAACACGGCCAUCCCCAUUGCAGCUGUCCUCAUAACUUUCGUGGGCCAUGUCAGCUUCUUCAAAGAGGCCGACUUCUCGCCCUCCGUGGCCUUUGCCUCCCUCUCCCUCUUCCAUAUCUUGGUCACACCGCUGUUCCUGCUGUCCAGUGUGGUCCGAUCUACCGUCAAAGCUCUAGUGAGCGUGCAAAAGCUAAGCGAGUUCCUGUCCAGUGCAGAGAUCCGUGAGGAGCAGUGUGCCCCCCACGAGCCCACACCUCAGGGCCCAGCCAGCAAGUACCAGGCGGUGGAAGAGGGGCUCCCUUCCCUACACAGCUCCCAGCCCAGUGGGUCCUCACCUCCAAACCACCCCCAGCCCCUCAGGGUUGUGAACCGCAAGCGUCCAGCCCGGGAGGAUUGUCGGGGCCUCACCGGCCCACUGCAGAGCCUGGUCCCCAGUGCAGAUGGCGAUGCUGACAACUGCUGUGUCCAGAUCAUGGGAGGCUACUUCACGUGGACCCCGGAUGGAAUCCCCACACUGUCCAACAUCACCAUUCGUAUCCCCCGAGGCCAGCUGACUAUGAUCGUGGGGCAGGUGGGCUGCGGCAAGUCCUCGCUCCUUCUAGCCGCACUGGGGGAGAUGCAGAAGGUCUCAGGGGCUGUCUUCUGGAGCAGCAGCCUUCCUGACAGCGAGAUAGGAGAGGACCCCAGCCCAGAGCGGGAGACAGCGACCGACUUGGAUAUCAGGAAGAGAGGCCCCGUGGCCUAUGCUUCGCAGAAACCAUGGCUGCUAAAUGCCACUGUGGAGGAGAACAUCAUCUUUGAGAGUCCCUUCAACAAACAACGGUACAAGAUGGUCAUUGAAGCCUGCUCUCUGCAGCCAGACAUCGACAUCCUGCCCCAUGGAGACCAGACCCAGAUUGGGGAACGGGGCAUCAACCUGUCUGGUGGUCAACGCCAGCGAAUCAGUGUGGCCCGAGCCCUCUACCAGCACGCCAACGUCGUCUUCUUGGAUGACCCCUUCUCAGCUCUGGAUAUCCAUCUGAGUGACCACUUAAUGCAGGCCGGCAUCCUUGAGCUGCUCCGGGACGACAAGAGGACAGUGGUCUUAGUGACCCACAAGCUACAGUACCUGCCCCAUGCAGACUGGCCAGCCCCCAAACCAGGUUUGUUGCUGCCUUUCCAGAUCAUUGCCAUGAAGGAUGGCACCAUCCAGAGGGAGGGUACCCUCAAGGACUUCCAGAGGUCUGAAUGCCAGCUCUUUGAGCACUGGAAGACCCUCAUGAACCGACAGGACCAAGAGCUGGAGAAGGAGACUGUCACAGAGAGAAAAGCCACAGAGCCACCCCAGGGCCUAUCUCGUGCCAUGUCCUCGAGGGAUGGCCUUCUGCAGGAUGAGGAAGAGGAGGAAGAGGAGGCAGCUGAGAGCGAGGAGGAUGACAACCUGUCGUCCGUGCUGCACCAGCGUGCUGAGAUCCCAUGGCGAGCCUGCGCCAAGUACCUGUCCUCCGCCGGCAUCCUGCUUCUGUCGUUGCUGGUCUUCUCACAGCUGCUCAAGCACAUGGUCCUGGUGGCCAUCGACUACUGGCUGGCCAAGUGGACCGACAGCGCCCUGACCCUGACCCCUGCAGCCAGGAACUGCUCCCUCAGCCAGGAGUGCACCCUCGAUCAGACUGUCUACGCCAUGGUGUUCACGGUGCUCUGCAGCCUGGGCAUUGUGCUGUGCCUCGUCACGUCUGUCACUGUGGAGUGGACAGGGCUGAAGGUGGCCAAGAGACUGCACCGCAGCCUGCUAAACCGGAUCAUCCUAGCCCCCAUGAGGUUUUUUGAGACCACGCCCCUUGGGAGCAUCCUGAACAGAUUUUCAUCCGACUGUAACACCAUCGACCAGCACAUCCCAUCCACACUGGAGUGCCUGAGCCGCUCCACCCUGCUCUGUGUCUCAGCCCUGGCCGUCAUCUCCUAUGUCACACCUGUGUUCCUCGUGGCCCUCUUGCCCCUGGCCAUCGUGUGCUACUUCAUCCAGAAGUACUUCCGGGUGGCGUCCAGGGACCUGCAGCAGCUGGAUGACACCACCCAGCUUCCACUUCUCUCACACUUUGCCGAAACCGUGGAAGGGCUCACCACCAUCCGGGCCUUCAGGUAUGAGGCCCGGUUCCAGCAGAAGCUUCUCGAAUACACAGACUCCAACAACAUUGCUUCCCUCUUCCUCACAGCUGCCAACAGAUGGCUGGAAGUCCGAAUGGAGUACAUCGGUGCAUGUGUGGUGCUCAUCGCAGCGGUGACCUCCAUCUCCAACUCCCUGCACAGGGAGCUCUCUGCUGGCCUGGUGGGCCUGGGCCUCACCUACGCCCUAAUGGUCUCCAACUACCUCAACUGGAUGGUGAGGAACCUGGCAGACAUGGAGCUCCAGCUGGGGGCUGUGAAGCGCAUCCAUGGGCUCCUGAAAACCGAGGCAGAGAGCUACGAGGGGCUCCUGGCACCAUCGCUGAUCCCAAAGAACUGGCCAGACCAAGGGAAGAUCCAGAUCCAGAACCUGAGCGUGCGCUAUGACAGCUCCCUGAAGCCGGUGCUGAAGCACGUCAACGCCCUCAUCUCCCCUGGACAGAAGAUCGGGAUCUGCGGCCGCACCGGCAGUGGGAAGUCCUCCUUCUCUCUUGCCUUCUUCCGCAUGGUGGACACGUUCGAAGGGCACAUCAUCAUUGAUGGCAUUGACAUCGCCAAACUGCCGCUGCACACCCUGCGCUCACGCCUCUCCAUCAUCCUGCAGGACCCCGUCCUCUUCAGCGGCACCAUCCGAUUUAACCUGGACCCUGAGAGGAAGUGCUCAGAUAGCACACUGUGGGAGGCCCUGGAAAUCGCCCAGCUGAAGCUGGUGGUGAAGGCACUGCCAGGAGGCCUCGAUGCCAUCAUCACAGAAGGCGGGGAGAAUUUCAGCCAGGGACAGAGGCAGCUGUUCUGCCUGGCUCGGGCCUUCGUGAGGAAGACCAGCAUCUUCAUCAUGGACGAGGCCACGGCUUCCAUUGACAUGGCCACGGAAAACAUCCUCCAAAAGGUGGUGAUGACAGCCUUCGCAGACCGCACUGUGGUCACCAUCGCGCAUCGAGUGCACACCAUCCUGAGUGCAGACCUGGUGAUCGUCCUGAAGCGGGGUGCCAUCCUUGAGUUCGAUAAGCCAGAGAAGCUGCUCAGCCGGAAGGACAGCGUCUUCGCCUCCUUCGUCCGUGCAGACAAGUGACCUGCCAGAGCCCAAGUGCCAUCCCACACUCGGACCCUGCCCAUACCCCUGUCUGGGUUUUCUAACUGUAAAUCACUUGUAAAUAAAUAGAUUUGAUUAUUUCCUA